UUCUUCCGCUUCUCAACGGGUUACUGCAGAAGGAUAUCAGCGAUAAAAGUACAGCUGUACUGUUCUGGACUGUGACGUAUAAAAUCAGCUUUAGAGACAGGGCUUGCUUUUUUGGGUGGUUUCACAGAUCUAAACGUCUGAUAUAUUCAAGUGCAAAAGAUGACAUGGGAAGAACACUGAGAAGAAAAUACAUCUUCUGAAAGCACCAAGAAUACAGAUAUUACCAGAGAGAGAAAGAAAGGCUCCAUCUACAUGAAGUCCACUGUUAUUCUCUGAGCACACAGAAGUCUGAUCAAGGCUGAAGAUGGUCUGAUGGACCGACGCUUCUUGCUGACAUUAAUCUUCUGCUCAGUCUCAUGGAUUUUCUUUUGGGAACUGCGCUGGAAGAAGAGCAAGGAAAGUCAGAUUGAAGAAUGGCUGCAAGGCCAUAGUCUGUCUGAAUACAAGCGUCUAUUUGAAGAUGUGCAGUCUCUGGAAGAGUUGAGUCUGAGUUUGCUGACUCGUUUGGAGGAGGUGCUGAAGGAACAGCGGCGCUGGAGGGACAUCGCUGAAGCCAACGUCCGUCUGCUCAGAGACUUCGCCUUUCAGGAGUGGCUGUGCUCCCAGAGCCUCGAGCACUACUACCACACUCUGAAGACCCUGGGAUGCGCUAAUCUGGAUGACCUAGCCCAGUUUGACAGCCAGCUUCAGCUUUCUCUGGCAGCCUGGGGCUAUUACUACGAGGACUACAUCAAGCUGUCCACAGGCGUAAAGGUCCUCCAAGCAUCCCGGGGUAGCAGAGACCAGGACUACGAGGUUCAGCUGGUGCACAGCCUUGCCGAGAGGCGCCUGAAUGAGAAGUGGUCCAUCGCUGGAGCGCUGAUAUUUGGCUGUACUGUUGCACUGUGCUUUCUGAUAAGGGACCUCAUGUUUUACGUGAUUGGUGGAAUAACCGUUUCCAUCAUCGCAUUUGUCUUUACCAUCAAGUUCCUAUGUGAGCUUGCAGCACGCGUGGUCAGCUUCCUGCAGAAUGAGGACCCUGGGCGUCGUGGCGACCGUAGCAUUUACGACUACGUGCGGGGGAACUACCUGGACCCGCGCUCCUGCAAGGUCUCCUGGGACUGGAAGGAGCCACAGGAAGUGGGCCAAACCAUGAGCUUCCGUGUGCAGCUCUUCUAUAAGAAUAGCCAGCCGUUUCUCGCUCACGGGCCCGUGGGUUUGAGGGUGAACAUCACUCACAUAGAGCUGGCUCUGGACAUUCCUGUCACCCAGGAGGUCCUUCAGGAGCCCGAGUCCAACGUGGUGAAAGUGACCUUCACUGUGCGCAAGGCGGGCCGCUACGAGGUGGCUGUUAAACUGGGGGGGCUCAAUGUAGCAUACAGCCCCUAUUAUAAAACAUUUCAACCAGGGACGGUGGUGCCAUCCAAAACAAAGAUUGCGUACCAUUUUUCAACUCUGGUGCUGACGUACGGUCAACAGCACACACUGCAGAUCGAGCCUCGAGACGAGUAUGGUAACCCUACCAGUAACUCCGUCUCUCUCGUGGAUGAGGUCAACUACAGUGUGCAUAUACACUCAUUGGGGACUAUAGAAGAGGACAGUUCUGAAGAUUACUACAGCAUGACAGUUUGUUGUAAUAAGCCACAGUGUCAGGUUCUGCUGCGGCUCACUCUGAAGAAAAAGGGCUGCUUCAGGGCGUGCAUCACUUACAGGGACCAGCCUCUCAAUAAUGGAGAGUUUGACAUCAUUGUGCUUAGUGAGAACGAGAAGAACUGUGUGGAGAAGAACGUGUCCACUCCAGGAAUUAGUAUCUAUUUUGAGGCAUACCUCUAUGGUACAGGGAACUAUAGCAGCUCUACCUGGCAGUUCCCAGCAUCUUCUCUGCUCACCCCACCACGACGGCCAUCCAUGGGCGAUGACGAGGAAGAGCACGACUCUCCAGUGGAGGGCCAACCUGAGAAGGUCAAGAAACCAAAAAAGGUCUACUGCUACAUAUCACCAAAGCAACUCUCUGUGAAGGAGUUUUAUCUGAAGAUUAUUCCAUGGCGCCUUUUCACUUUUCGUGUGUGCCCAGGAACGAAGUUCACCUACCAUGGGCCUGACCCAGUCCAUAAGUACCUGACGUUGGUGGUGGAUGAUGGGAUCCAGCCUCCUGUAGAACUGAGCUGCAAGGACAGGAACAUUAUGGCGGCUACAUUUAUUCGCUUCCUGCACAAGAACAUUGGAGGCUCGGAAACAUUUCAGGACAAGGUGAGCUUUUUCCAGCGAGAGCUCAGGCAGAUUCACUCCAAGAGACCUCGAGUUAAAACCUGCUUGAAGAUCAGCCGCCACUCCAUUCUCGACUCUUCUCUAAAAGCCACCAGAAACUUCUCUGUAUCGGACUGGAGUAAGAACUUUGAGGUGGUGUUCCAGGAUGAAGAAGCUCUGGACUGGGGAGGGCCGAGGCGUGAGUGGUUUGAACUCAUCUGUAAGAAUCUGUUUGACACCAAUAACCAGCUCUUCACACGUUUCAGUGACAAUAACCAGGGUCUGGUGCAUCCUAACGCAGAGCGCCCUGCUCACCUGAGGUUGAAGAUGUACGAGUUUGCAGGGCGCGUGGUGGGGAAGUGUCUUUACGAGUCAGCUUUAGGAGGAGCCUAUAAGCAGCUGGUGCGAGCCAGGUUCACUCGCUCAUUCCUGGCCCAGAUCAUUGGCCUGCGCAUGAACUACAAGUACUUUGAGACAGACGAUCCGGAGUUCUUCAAAACAAAAGUCUGCUUUAUCUUAAAAAAUGACGUGAGUGAAAUGGACCUUGUUUUUGCUGAGGAAAAGUACAGCAAGUCAGGACAACUGGAAAAGGUGGUGGAGCUGAUAGCAGGUGGUGCUCAAAUUGCUGUCACUAAUGAGAAUAAAAUGCAUUACCUGAAUCUGCUGGCUCAGUAUAGACUGGCCAGUCAGGUGAGGGAUGAAGUAGAGCACUUCCUCAAAGGUUUGAAUGAACUGGUACCUGAGAACCUUUUGGCCAUAUUUGAUGAAAACGAGUUAGAGUUGCUGAUGUGUGGUACUGGAGACAUCAACGUGCAGGAUUUCAAAGCUCAUGCUGUUAUCGUUGGAGGCUCAUGGCACUUCAGAGAGAAGGUGAUGAAAUGGUUCUGGGCCGUGGUGUCCUCCUUCACUCAGGAAGAGCUUGCACGUCUCCUCCAGUUCACCACCGGCUCCUCUCAACUCCCUCCCGGUGGCUUCAACACACUCUGCCCCUCCUUCCAGAUCAUAGCAGCGCCAACACACAGUACGUUGCCAACUGCACACACCUGUUUUAACCAGCUGUGCCUCCCUACCUACGACUCCUAUGAGGAGCUGCACAAACUGCUGAAGCUGGCCAUCAGCGAGGGCAGCGAGGGCUUCGGCAUGCUCUGACCACACACUGGCUCUGACUUUUGGAUAAUCCGAAGGAAUUCCUUUUUCUGUGUCUUCUCUCCAACUAUUGAGCUGCUGUGUAUAUGAGCCAAUGCACUUUUUUAUCCUCCAAUAACAGACCUCUUAGCUGAAGCCCAUAUGGAUGUCCAGAUCUUUCUCUUUCAAGCAGGACCUUCACAUGAUCCUGAGUUGCCUUUGGCCUAUUCCACUCGAUGCUGGAGCUAUGUAAAUAUGUAAAUCUUUUUUUUUUGUACAGUUAAAAAAAGGAAAAAUGAUUGAAUGAAUAACACUGUUGCGUUUUAUUCUAGAUGGUACGUUUUUUUUUUUUCGUUUUUUGUGAGUUUGUCCAGUCAUUAAAAUGUGUAAAGCUACUAUCACAUUUGGCAUUAACAAAGCUGGGAACAUUUCAUAUGAAGUGUAGCAGCCUAUAAGAGGUGUGGAUCUAUUGCACACUGACUGCACUUUGGCCUUAACCGAUCAGGGAAGGUUGUGUCUUUUGUGUGUGUGUGUGUGUGUGUGUGUGUGUGUGUGUGUGUGUGUGUGUGUGUGUGUGUAUUUUAUAUAUAUAAUAUACACACACACACAAGUUGUAAAUGUCUGCAUUUGUUGUGAAUUAUAAAGUCAAGAUGCUUUUUUGUUAUGUUUUUUUUUUAUGUUAUUGUUAUUUCACACACGUAUCACGUAGCCUAAUGUAACACUGUGUGUGUGUGUGUGUGUGUGUGUGUGUGUGUGUAUAAAAGAAUCUGCAUUUCAAAAUAUGAUGAUGAGGAGGAGGAGGAGGAGGAGGAGGAGCACUGGGUUAAAAGAGCUAAUGGUUAAUUCCAAAUAUGUGGGCAACAUCUAUGCAUUUUACUAGUGAGCCUAAUUUACAAACCAGUGCCAGAGAUUUGUAAACAGUGUGAGAGAUUUGUAAGGUUUUUAUUAGGCAUAUUUGCCGUGACCUAAACGUCAUCAUUAGACCAGGAUAAAAGAUGUUCAGUUUUUGGUUUGGUUUUGUUGUAGCUUGAUUUUGGUACAUAUGACCUUAAUUUAUUUUAACUUAUUCCCACUGACCAAAAUGUCCUGGAAUAUUAUAUUUGUGUUGAUGAAAUGAGUGUUAUAUGAAACAAAUGAAGCUAAAAGCCAGAUGGAUACUUUUAAGUAUGUUUGUCAAAUUGCAUCUAACCAUAACAGUUGUUUCCAGUAACCCAAACUGGAAAGAUACUAUUAUUAAUGUAAUAUUCAUAAUGUAACCAAGUAUUGAAACAAUUGUAUAAAAAGUUAGUAUCGAAGAGAUUAAUUUUUAUUGAAAAAGUGCUGGUACUGUUGCAAUGUCCAGGAAAAUGGCCUCUAAGUGAUUAUUCUGGAAGGUUCCAGUCAGUACUUGGGUGCAGCUUCUCACAUGAGUGGAACUUCUUACGAGUGCUUUAUCCAUUGCAUCUUGAGUUUCAUGUUAAUGUGGGUGCUCAUUUACAAAGCCUACACAUUGCUGUCAAAAUGUGUCUUAACAUGGACUGUCUAUUCUAGCAUCCUAUGUAACUGUGCUUCAAGUCAAAACACAGCUGCUGUUAACUUUGGCGCUAAUGUCCGCUUGAAUAAUUUGUAGAGAAUUGUGUCAUACAGGAAGCAUUUUAACCACGGAUUCGAACUUUUAGUCACCCUCCACCCUUUAAUACCACGGUGAAGCUUUUCAUAUGGUCUCGUUUUAGAUAUCGUGCCCUUUGACCUUGGAUAAACGACACGACCGUAGAAACUCCAGGGUGUGGCUGGACUGCUAAUGAAAUCGCUGCAUAUGCGUCUGGCUGCGUAUGUUGGCCAAGGCUCAUCGUGAUGACCUCAGUCACCAUCUCAUAAAAGCGCAGUGACUGAAAAGCAUCCUGUGCUUUUUUCAUUCAUGGCGUUCAUUCAUUCAACAGGGACAAAACGAGACGCACGCGUGACCUUUACCUCUUUUUAGAGUUUUGCUGCAUCCUGCUGUUUUCACUUACCUUUAGGAGCAAGGUAUUUGAGUUUGCUUCCUGGUGUGAAAUGAUGCAUUAUAAAUUCCACAUGUAUAUAAUGUAAUAUAGAUGCCAAUGGCUUGGGGUUGGUUUAUUAUGGGUUUUUCUUGUGUGUGGAGAGGUCUGGAUGCUCUCACCUGCAGUAUGAAUGUCUUGGGUUUUCAGCACUGUUCCGAUGGCUAAUUCAUUUGUUUCUUUCUUAUUUAUGUGAUAAAAUAAAAGAAAGUUUGGACAGUCA